CAAUACAGACACCACCUCCCAACAAUAAAAUGGAUUCCGAAAGUACCUCGGAAAGCACAGAAGUCUUGGAUCAGUUUCUGAGUGAAUGGAAGACUGAACUGAAGGCGAAGCGAGCUCAGUUAGAUCUAAAUACUGGAGCAAAGGAGGGUGCGAAGGAUGAGGCGAUAGAAGAGCCAGCUAGGAAGCAUUAUUGUCAAAUGCCCGCAAGCUGUGAUGACACCUCGGAUGACACUGUUGUUGAACUAAAUAGAGUUAAUUUUAACGCCUCUUCUCAUGAAAGCUCUACCUCGUCUGCUGUGAUAGGAGGACCUUCUUUGUUUGUUUUACCAGCUGGAGGGACGUUGCCUACUGGUAGUUCAGCUACAUUUAGCAAGGCUGGCGGUGUGCAUUCCCAAGUUCAUUCAUCUUCAUCUACUAUUAAGAUAAAGUCACAGAACAGUUUAAUUGACACAUUAAUAACAGAUUUGGAUGAAAUGAACACAGUUCCUUUCUUUGAAGUACAACUUCCAAGAGAGCUUGCUCUCCUGAUAUUUAAUUAUUUAUCUGUCGUCGAUUUAUGCCACUGUGCUCAAGUGAGUCGUAGCUGGGCUGCACUGGCAGAAGAUAAUUUAUUAUGGAUAGCAGUUUGUAGGAGAAUGGGAUACAGUACAGAGCUAGUAAAGGAUCAGGUCAUUCAUUGGAAGACGGUAGUAAAGGAGCUGAUAUUACAUAGGAAGCAAGUACAACAGAACUGGAUGGAAAGAGUGUGUACAGUGACAGUACAUAAGCCAACCAGCUCUAUAGGAUCUUUAUGCACUGCUACUUAUCAUAAUAGAGAAGUGCUGGCCUGUUACAGUACUGGUGUAUGUCAUUUGUGGUCCCUAUCAACUAAGGAGUCAGUAUUAGCCCCUCCCACUAGAGCCACUCCCACAUGUUCUGCUCUCUGUAACUCAAUGGGAUGUCAUUGUGACGCUAAUGGAAAUUGUACCUUGUUUAGUUUAGAGGAUUCUAAAGUAAAUUAUACUUGUAAAGUAAAUGAAAGAAUUCAUUCUCUUGAUAUGGCAACUAAUGGCGGGCACUAUGCUGUUGCUUUUGCUUCAGGUGGUAAUGAUUCCUUCUCAUCCCUUACCCUCCUCAUUAAUAAAGACUCUUCAUUAAGUGAUUGGUAUAAAUCAGCAGUACAACUUCCUAGUUCUGCUCAGCUUAAUAAUUUCCACAUCAAUAAAGUGUCACUCGUUUUAUCAGACAAAGAAAAUAGUCCGUUUCUAUUGUUGUAUUCAACUCAUUCACAUUUGGUGUUACAGUCUCCAUUAGAGUCAUUCAUUACUGCUACUCAUUUCCUUGGGGAAGACUCACCUUGUUUUGUGAACUGUUUUACUUACUCCCAUCAAUCCUCAACAGUUGCUUGUGGCUCUAUACAUUAUGGCUAUCAUGAAGUUCGUCUCUUUGAUAUUAUUUCUGGCGUCAAUAAAGAAAGCUAUCGUGGGCACUCUGGAAGGAUCUGCUCCUUAUCAUUUGACAGAGGUCAGAAUAAUAGACUGAUAUCAGGAGGAGAAGACAAAAAGUUGAACUUGUAUGAUGGCAGUAGUAAUUAUCCUGUCACUAGUUUAUUUGGCAUGUCCUCACCAGUAGUGUGUCUCCAGCUUGAAGAUUGGAAAGUAGUUAGUGGAAGUCGUGAUGGCACUGUUGCUGUAUGGGAUUUAAGAAUAGGACAAGAACUGUGGAGAGGACAUGACAGACACUCUGUUUCGCUCUGUGAGGUUGAUAAUGAGUAUCUUAUUGUUGCACACAUUCCUUCAGUUCAACCUCUCAAUACUAAUGGGAGCCCACAACAUUCAAGGCAGUGUGGUGCUGUCAGAAUGUAUGAUUUUUCAGCUGAUUUGUCUGAUUAUGCUAAAAAGCUGCCCUCAAUCUGUUCCUCAUCUUACGAUGAACCAUCAGCAUCAUUUUAUAAUCUAAACCUUUUAUACCCUUAUGAUAUAAUUCAAUAAUAAUAGAUCUGACUUAUGUAUUAAAGCCCCAGCUAAUAUUUUUGUAAAUAAUCUGGCACUAUUAAUUUGCAUACCUUCUGUAGAGUACCUGCAUAUAUUGAAAUACCAUUAAAUUUUAGUUAUUUUCAAAU